CUUCGCCCUCGAACCCGAAGAAAUCGAGGUGGCUCGUGCCGCCAUCGACCGGGAAUUCACCCUCGAGCUGCAGGCCGGCCUGGUCGAGGCGUUGGUGGUCGAGCAGCCGCUCUCGGUGAUCGCGGUGGUCGGCGAGGGCGAUGCGCGAGCGUCCAGGGCGUGCGGGGCGAUCGCUCAGGGCUCGUCCGAACUCAAUAUCUCGUUGGUGAUCGGGGCGGCAGACGAGCAGCGCGCCCUGCGGAUACUGCAUUCGGGCUUUUUCGAUCCUCCUCGAAAGCGACUCGAGAUCGCUCUUCUGGGUACCGGAAGAGUCGGCGGCGAGCUGCUGAAUCAGCUGCGAGAAGCAGCGCCGCGGUUGAUCGAGCAAGAGGGUCUGGAGCUGCGUUUGGUGGCGCUCGGGGCCAGCCGCCGGCAGCUAGAGGACGGCGCCGGGAUCGAUUUCGAUGGCUGGCGCGAGGCCCUUGCAGGGGCCGGCGCCAGCGAUCCGCGGCGGCUCGAGGAGUUCCUCGCCGCCCGCAGCUCAGCCGCCGCCCGCGUCCUGGUCGACUGCACCGCCAGCGACGCCACCGCCGAUUCCUACGACCGCUUGCUACGAGUGGGAAUAUCAGUGGUCGCGGCAAACAAGCGACCCUUUGCGGCUGCCGAAGUCGACUAUCAGAAGCUGCUCGCGUCCGCUGCCGAGGGCGGCGCAGAGUUGCUCCAAGAGGCCACCGUCGGCGCUGGCCUGCCGGUGCUCUCGACCCUGGCCGAUUUGCGCCGCACGGGCGACCGGAUCGAGCGCAUCGAAGGGCUGUUGUCCGGUACCCUCAACGCGGUGCUCGACUGGCUCGAGGGCGGUCUGCCGUUCAGCCAAGCGGUGCGACGAGCCUACGACGAAGGGCUCACCGAGCCCCGUCCCUGGGAUGACUUGGGCGGCGCGGACGUUGGCCGCAAGCUGACCAUCUUGGCGCGCCUGGCCGGCCAUUCGAUCGAGCCCGGCGCGGUCCAGAUCGAGCCCUUGGUGGCUGCCGAACCCUGGCGCACGCUCGAUCUCGAAGAGUUCUGGCGUCGGUUGCCGGAGCUCGACGAGGCCUUCGCCGAUCGCCGGGCGGCAGCCACUGCUGCAGGCCGCCGGCUGCGCUAUCUGGCGUCGCUCGACGAGAGCGGCGCUAAGGUCUCGCUCGAGGCAGUCGGUGUUGAGCACCCGGCCUACGGAGCGACCGGCCCAGACAAUCUGGUGGCGCUUUCUACCGCCCGCUACGCGGCUUCGCCGUUGGUGGUCAGCGGCCCCGGUGCCGGCCCCGCGGUCACCGCCGCCGGAGUCUUUGCCGACCUACUGAAGAUCGCUGACUCGAGGGCGGGAGCCAGCUCAUGA